CAUGACUGCUUAAGUGAAGAAAAGGUUGGGACAUAUUACCGGCAGGUUUUUUUUCACUUUUCGCACCUUUUACUUAUUUUUAAGAAGUUGGACAAAAUGACUCGAAUAGAGAAACACAUCAGUAAGGGUGGGCAGUUGGAGAGAGGAGAUGACUGCCAACAAGAACUCCAAGGCUGCACCCAAAGCGGAAGCAGGAGCAACUAAAAGCCAGCAGAAGACUGCCGACAAAUGCCUGUCUAAAUCUCCACCUCCUAUUCUUCUUUCUGUAAAAGAAUCAUGUCACGCUCAGCUUAAUAAGACAGAAGAAGCCAGUCACACAAAGCUCCAUUCUCAGAGAAACUGGAGUCUCAAGACUGCCCGCCUGCACAGUGGCUCUGAACUCUCGACUGAGUCUGAAUUUCAAAGUAGGCUCACUAAGGCUAAGAGCAUUGGUUGCCUGGAUAAGAGGCUGAGUAUCUACAAACCAUCAGGUGGAGAAGAGCAAGAGCAGAAGGAGAACCAACCACAGGAAGGGGGUCCACCAGGCGAUGCAGUGUACCCUGGAGCUCUUAGCUGGAGUACCCUCUCCUUAGUAACUUCUGGCAAACACGGUCACACCCGCACCCUGUCAAUUAGCCGUCCUGGAACUGGCACUUCAUCUGCUACAAUCCGUAAGAAGAUCUCAGAAUGGGAGUGUCGGAAUGUGGCACUGCCUAGGAUGAGUCUUUGCUUGGACAAGAGGCCUGGUGGUGGGAGUGAAGGCUGCCCCAGUCUCUUGUCCUCCCCUUGCAGUGAAAAGGCCUUUGACUUUAAGGGCAUGCGGAGGAUGAGUACAGCAUUUUCUGAGUGCUCCUAUCCAGAGACCGAGGAAGAAGAAGGGACAUCAGACAGAGAGAGUCAUGGACGGUUUCAGAAGAGGAGAACUUCAAAAACAGAGACGUCAGGAAUUGUCCGUCGUACUCUUCAUCCUCGUAAGGAGACAUCUGCUGUAUUAAACCGGAUACAAAAGAUUGAGCAAGCCUUAAAAGAAAGUCCUUCACAUGCUCCUCCAAGGUAUCUUAGCAACUGCUAUGGCUUGGACAAGUCCGGCCAGAAGGCUCGCACCAUUUCGACACUUCGCGGGUUGGAUGACUUGGACAGCACCUGUGGCAGUAAGCGGAGCAGCAUCUGCUCUGUGGCUACUGAACCAGACACUUGCCAUGGGUCCGAAAGAUUCUCAAAGUUUAGACAAAGGUACAGUGUAACAUCCUUUAUGUCUGAAUGUUCAGAACCAUCAUCAGCACAGGGAUCAUCUGGCACCCCUAUCAACCCCCUACCUAAACCCAAGCGCACUUUUGAGUAUGAUGUCAAUCGAAACCACAAAGACUCUUCACCUGGUGAUGGAUUAAUUCCCAGCACUGACACCUGUGGUCCACUUUCCUGCAGCUCAGGCUCAAUAAUGAAACGAGACCUGAAGACAACUGACAGUUCAUUCAAGAGAGCUCAACAUAGGGAGUCAUGUGAAUCAGAAGAUGGUGUCAGCCUGCCAUCCUCUUACCCUUCCUCACCUACAGAAAAUCGCACAACUUCCGUCGAGAACCACAGUCGUCCCAGUUCCAAAAGUACAUUAGAAGAAAACGCCUACGAAGACAUCAUAGAGUCUAUGAAAGAGAAUCCGUACGAGGAUGUGGAUCUGAAGGGGAGAGGUCUGGCCCGCAGGUCUUGUCUUUUACCCGAGAGGUCUAAUGAGUCACUCAACAGGACUUGGACCUCCCAAGAAAGGAAAUUCAAUUCAACUCCCCAGCUCCCGUCUAAGCCUAGCUGCCAGUCUUUGCGGCAACUGGGCCCUGCUGAAAGGAGGAGCCACCGGACAUCCCGCUUGUCAAAGAGACACAGUCAUGAUGACAUGUUGUUGCUGACCUCUCCAUCCUGCAGUCGGCUAGAUGACAGCCUGAGCAAUGCCAGUGAUACACUGACCUCUCACAGACAGAGACGAGUGCCCAAGGUGGUGCAGAGAAUUAACUCUAUCUACUGUACAAAAAGAGGAAAGAAGAGACUAAAGAAACUAUCCAACAUAGAGACUGCUUCUCUACGUGAUGACAACAGUGAGAGUGAGAGUGACUCUGAUGACAGGUUUAAAGCCCACACUCAGAGGUUGCUAAAGUUGCAGUCCAUGUUGCGCCGUGCACCUAGCUACCGCACUCUGGAACUGCAGCUCAUCGAAUGGCAGGAGCGUGAGCUGUUCGAAUACUUUGUGGUGGUGUCACUAAAGAAGAAGCCCAAUAAGAACUCGUACACCCCAGAAGUCACCUACCAGUUUCCAAAGCUCGAGAGGCUCACCAAGCAGAUGAGAGAGGCAGAGCAGCGUCUUAAAGCCAUUCCCCAGUUCUGCUUUCCAGACGCCAAGGACUGGAGCCCUGUUUCUGAGUACAGCAGUGAGACCUUCUCCUUCAUGCUUACUGGAGAAGACGGCAGUCGGCGCUUUGGAUAUUGCAGAAGGCUCCUGCCGAGUGGGAAAGGGCCUCGCCUUCCAGAGGUGUACUGUGUCAUCAGCAGAUUGGGAUGUUUUGACCUGUUCUCAAAGAAGGACCUGACUUGCAUCUUGUACCGUUUUCAGAUCCUGGAUGAAGUGGAGAUUAGGAGGGAGAUCUCGGCAGCCCUGGUCUACCCAUUUAUGCGAAGCCUUAUGGAAUCUCCCUUUCCAGCGCCGGGCAAAAUCAUCAAAGUCAAAACCUUCCUGCCUGGUGCAGGCAACGAGGUGAUUGAGUUGCGGAGGCCCAUGGACUCCAGGUUGGAGCAUGUGGAUUUUGAUAGUCUCUUUAGCUGUCUGAGUGUGAGACAAGUGGUUUGUGUCUUUGCCUCUCUUCUGCUGGAGCGCAGAGUCAUCUUUGUGGCUGAUAAGCUCAGUGCUUUAUCCAGCUGUGUGCAUGCAGUGGUGGCACUGCUCUACCCGUUCUCAUGGCAGCACACCUUCAUCCCCGUGCUGCCCACCUCCAUGGUGGAUAUCGUCUGUUGCCCAACACCUUUUCUGGUGGGCAUCCUGUCCAGCUCGUUGCCCAAACUCAAGGACCUUCCAGUGGAGGAGGCUUUGAUGGUUCAUCUGGGAACAGAUCGCUUUAUCAGACAGCUGGAUGAUGAGGCCUCCCUAUUACCACGCAAGCUGCAGGCUGCUCUAGAACAGGCCCUGGAGCAGAGGAACGAUAUCAGCAAUCAGGACUCUGACAGUGAGUCAGAUGAUGAAUGCAACUCAUUGAACAGCGUGGUGUCUGAAGCCUUCAUCCGUUUCUUCCUGGAGACCAUUGGUCACUACUCGCUAUUCAUGACCCAGGGUGAGAAAGGCGAGCGUGUCUUUCAGCGGGAACCCUUUCGCAAAUCUGUAGCUUCUAAGAGCAUCCGCCGCUUCUUGGGAGUCUUCAUGGAAUCGCAAAUGUUCGCUGGCUUCAUCCAGGAUCGAGAACUGAGGAAAGGCCGGGCCAGAGGUCUGUUUGAGGAGAGAGUGGAGCAGUAUCUGGAAGAGUUACCAGAUACCGAGCAAAGUGGCGUGAACAAGUUUCUGAGAGGCUUAGGAAAUAAAAUGAAGUUUCUCCAUAAGAAGAACUGACCAUGGUAGAUCUUUUCAACAGUCCUGGAGAUCUCGUCACUGAUUUAAAGCCUUCACACAACUCAAGCAGUUAAACUUAUCAUACAUAUUUAUAAAAACAGUUGUGGUCCUUGUGUGUAGAUUUGGUACAUUGGUACCUGGUAUAUGAGAGUAGGAUUUUGUAGCUUGGUAAUAAGUGGAUAAAUGAUUACAUUGGUACAGCACUACAGUAUAGAACCACUUCAGGACUGCACGUGGUGAGGGUGAGCCGGUGAAUAAAUAAAUAUGAAUGUGAGGUGGACGUACAGCUACUGUGUAGUAUUUAACGCUAGAGUGCAUUGAUCUUUGUACAUGUAUUAACAUCUGAUUAAUGCAGUUUCCAUAUUUGCAAUGCUUUGUAAUAAAAUAAAGCUUUAGAAAUCA